UCGUUCCAUUUCUCUUCCUGUUGGACCCUUACUUUCCUCUGGUUUGUGUAUUCCUAAAGUAAAGACGUUUUUCGCACCAGUCGUACUAAUUAUUGCACAAUUACCUUCAUACCUUUCGGUGAAUGAGAGUGUAUUUAACGAAAUCAUCCGAGAAGUUGACGUGAAUAGAUCUCACGGACGGUGUUGGAAUGUGGCCCAUGUGCUGUUGCUAGGAGGCGCUGUUGGAGCCCGGAAGAGUUGAAGAUGAUGUUAUAAUGAUGAUGGGAAACCCGAGAUAGAUAAAAGGCACGUAAGGUUCAUGCUUGCUGUUUCCCCACGGCAUUUGGUGCGUCUUCCACACUCGUAUUUGGGAAGAAUGGACGGAGACAUCACUUUUCUCCAUUGUGAAGCUGGGUGACAAGGCUACAUGGGUGUGCGCAUGCUACUCUGAUCGUGGAUGUGUGGGCGCCCAGAGAUGGAAAGCUACGAGGAGUUCUGUCUGCAGAGUUUGGCCAUACUGCAGGAGGGGGGGAGAUUCAAGAAGAAACCAUGUGAUACACUGGGGUCCUUGAGGGCUUGCUCGGCCAUCCGCUUCCAUGGAAGAGCUGUGCUUUCACCCCUGUUGUGUGCAAAGCAGCGUGAUGAGAUUUGUGACCUUAGACGGAAGGCUGUCCAGCUGGAGGUGGACAGGCAGAAGCAGCAGAAGAACAGACUUUUGUCUCGGGUUCAGGACAUACUGGACCAAGUUCAGAUACAUAAAGCACCAAAUCAUGAAACUGAAAUAGUGCAAGCCUCUAAAUCUGCGACGGUUACUGGCUACACCCUGGUCACUGACUCUCCUGGACUUCCCAGAGACCCUGGAUCGAUUUCCAGCAAUAAUCAGCCUGGAACUUCUGCCUGCUCUGUGGCCCCCAUCCUUAAUGGCUUCAAGGCAGAGGAAGAGAUGAAGGUGGAAAGGGAAGACAAGAGUGAGGAGGAAGAGGAGGAGGAGGAGGGGGACAUCAGUCUGGACAGCCUCCUUAAGAGAUCAAGAGAGUAUGUGAAGAGAGAGCAGAGCCAGCAAGGGUCAAACACAGUCCACAAAGUCAGCAGGACCCUCCCACCUGAGACCGUCUCUGACAAGGAGAAUAGGAGCUGUGAUCCCACGGAGGACACAGGAAUUGAGUUUGGAUUCAGUCUGCAUCAUAGCCCCAUUGGACCACCUCAGACCAAAAUCCAGCAUCAAAUUCUGUACAACCCCAGUCCCCAGCAGUCGGGCUGUUUGUCACCUAGUCUACCGGACAGGUAUGCUCAGCUCCCUAGUCCAGAAUCCAGCAUUAGUCCCCGCCCACAGAGACGAAGACCACGCCCUGUGUCAACUGGAAACAUCCAUAUUUCGUUUCCCAUCGGCCCAGCGGAUCUUAUUCCCCGAAGCCCUGGCAGAUCAGGGGAAGGUACUAGUGUGGCAGAUUGGGGAGAGGUUCUCCUAGGGGCCACCAAAACCUCCAAUACCAGGAGCUCCACAGAUAGUGAAGGUAGCAGGAGUGGCAGUCGUCGGUCCAGCCACUGUGGCACCAGUCCAGUGCAAGAGACCUGUAGCCCUGUUAAUGCCUCAGGUCUCAGUCCUAAGGGACACCAUGACCAUCUGAUUGCAGGAUUUCGCCGGCGCUGCCACACAAUGGACAGCCAGCUGCAGACCUAUAAAUCUGGAGUAGAGCACAUAGACCGCAGCCAGGAAAGGGUUCCUCGCUUUAUGGCAGGAGUCACAUGGUUGACUCCGAGUUGGCGAACUUCUGCAGCCCCUUUAAACCAGUCGUAUGAGGUUGAUAACUCCUCACCAUCCCUGCAGAGGCCCCACAUUACUUCUGACUUGCCUCAGGUGAAACUCAGGAUAAAGUCUGUUGACCUUCAGGGGAUGAACACUGGAAGGAUCCCACCAGCUGUCUUCAGAAAUACAGCUGAGGCACAGAUCAGCCAAACAGAGGAGACACAGAGGCGGGCGCAGGCUCUGGAGGACAUGCAAAGGCGCUUGGAGGAGGAGCAUGCCUUGCAGAUGUCUCUGCUUUUGGUUGAGCAGGAGAAAGAACAACAGCGCCUCUGUCUGGAGCUUGAGGAGACAGAAAGAAGACUAAAGGAACAGGGAUGUGUGCGACCUUCAAGUGGGGACGCUAGUGGGUGGAGCUGCAAGUCCGUGACUGGCAGCUGUCCUGUUAUGAGCCCCUCCUGCCCAGGAAUAAGUCCUGCUCACACACCAGCUGAGCGAUCACCUGGACACAGUAUAGGUUUCCCCAGUCCUGGCAGUUCCUGUGUGUCCACUCCCUCUGUCCAAUCUCCCAUCUAUCUUUGGGGGCCCACAUGGACAGUUAACAAACCUCGAGCAAGGCUAAGUCUGGUAUUGACAGCAGAGCAGCAGACAGCGUUCUGUCAAAUUGGAGCCAUCAUCCGUGGCUUCCUCACACGCAGACUGCUCAAGACAGAGAAAGUCAAACACCUGCGCCAAACUAUUGUGGAUACACAAGAGUUCAUCCGUUCCUUCCAGACUGAAGCUCCUCCGAGGAGAAACACCUCCUCAGCACAAGAUCGCUCCCUGCAGGACAGAGUUAAAGCCCAGUUACGGGCAGCCCUUUAUGAUAUCUAUGACAUCUUCUUUGAAAUGCCGCUGGGGGAUCGAUUAGCGUUGCUGCAGCAGGACAGGGAGCUGCGAGCAGAAAGGAAGCUACGAAAUAUGGAGAAAGCCAAAUGCCCCAAGGAACGAGUGGUUUUGUCUGCUGCCACACAGAGAUCUCUGGACAGGAAAAAGAGGGUUGGUGAAUCCCCAGCACAAGCUAGGAAGAUGCAGCAGAAGCCAAAGAGCCCCACUACUAACAGAGCCCUGAAGCCAAACCAAGGCCAAAAUUCUCCCAGCCAGCUGAACCGCCAAGGGAGCUGGUACCGGAGGACCCCAGAGGAGAGAGUGAGACGCUCAGACAGCCUGAAGAAACAGCACUCUCUGGGUUAACCUGUGACUCAACAUCCCAUGAGGAAGUGUGAACUUGAAUUUUUAGUCUUUGAAUACAAACCGUGCACCACUGAAACUUAAAUCAAUGCUGCUAAUCAUAUGAUUGUCUGUAUUCUAGCUUCUGACAUAUAAAUGAUUGUAUUUUCCUCCACACUUCACACAAUGCCGCUGUUGUUGACUGUUGUAGCUUGCUUGAAAAGCUUUGAGUAGCAACAUUUGAUUGUUCUAAACAAAGUUCACAUGUAGCCUGAGGAUUUUAUGAUUAGGCUGAUGUAGUUUGUUUUCUUUUUUCAAGAAAAAAUAGAAAUAUCUGUACUUGAGUGGGAGAUUGGGGAUAUAUCUGAGCCUAAGAACUAUGCCUUUGUCAUCUGUAGUAUUUUAGCAUGCAUGUAUUUACCAUAACUGUCCAUGAAAAUCUCAUGCAUAAAGCUAGAAGUGAAUUUAAAAACAUCCGUUUAAGUCACAUAAUGCAGCUGCCAUCAAAACCAUUCAAGUGUGUAAAAUGUGACAUGUUAGUUUCUUGUGCAAGGGCUUUGAGUACCCACUUCUGCUUUACGUCUUUUAUAAAUGGUGCCAAAAUGACAAUACUAUGAGACAUUUUUUUUCUGUGUUUUACAUUUGGCUAAAAUUGGUACCAACAAUGUAACGUAAUGCACAACAGACUCUCAGUGUGAAGUUUCUUUGAGUAAAACUAAAUUAUUGCAACACUAUAAAA